AUAAAUUUAUCGUCAUAGAUAGGCCCGUUUACUGUUGUGUCGGUCGGUAAUAUUUAUUGAGACCAAUACAACGAUCGUAGAAUUAAAACUUUCCUCACUGCAUCUCUCUAAGCUUAAAUUUAUGUAUCACGGUUAAAAGAAAAACGUUAAUUGCACCGUUUAAAUGUAUGAAUGAAGGAAUCGUAAUUAAAUUGAUUUAACGAGCAGCUUCUAAAUAUUGAUCAGUUAACGCCAGUAUUGUGCCAAACAUAAACAUGUUUUGUGGUCAGGCGAGUUUAAUAGUAGUGAUACUUUGUUGUUUAAAUAUGGUUAAUAGUGUUAAAAGUGAAUCUCUUGAUGAAAAGUAUUUAUUUGACUUCACGAGAUCAGACGAUGUGGCUGCUUGGACGGAACAAUCCGAUACAGUACGAGAUGUGGGCAUGUCCAAAGCCGUCAUAGUUAUUCAUCAGAACAUUCAAUACCGAAGAGCGAUAUUCUUCGCAUUAUUAAAUCCCCAAGUGAACGGUGCUGGAUUCGCUGGAGUUCGGGCAUUGGGCCAUUACGACCUUUCUAGAUACACUAAACUACAGAUACGGUGCCGGGGUCAGGGACUGUUCAAUGGGUUCAAAGUUGUUAUGAGACAUAAAGAUCUUAAUAAUGAGCCGAAUUACUCUUGGGAACAACAAUUUCAGGCACCGAAGGACGAAUUCGGCGUUGUUAAUUUAGCAUUCUCGGAAUUCAAAGCUUAUUACCGCGGCAAAAAAGUGAACAACAGCGAGCCCCUCGAUCUAGCGCACAUCAGCAGCAUCGGCCUGCAGGUGUACGGAGGCGUGUACCAGCCAGUCAAGCAGAAAGGACCCGCUACUUUAGAAAUCGACUGGAUAAGAGCAGUAUAAUCCUGCGAAUACUCAAUACCUCGCAAUUAAAUAUUGUAUUAAGCUACUACGAGUUCUUUAAAUAAAUAAAACAUUAUUUUAUAUAAAUUUACA